AAACGGAAUACAAAUGAUCUUUCCCGUCAGUCAGGCAUUUUGUGAAUUAUCAGAUCAAGGUUGCGUUUUACGAAUCUGUAUUUUGAAUCGUCAAAUGACUGCUUCUGGUUUGGUUUUGGGCGGGUUAAGUGAUAGUGCGGCUGGAUGUAAAUUUAUGUUCAUAAAUAUAUCUGCAGUAAUUAUUUUAACUAUGAUCAUAUUUUAGCUCGUGUGUAAAAUCAGUAGUAGCUUGUUUUUUUAAAUAGUUUGUUUUUAAAAGUUUUUUUUAACUCUAAGAAUGAACUCGUAGCUCCGAGCAGCAGCUCGCGCUGUGUUUACAAAAUCCUUUAAAUCAACAACACUUCAUUUCAGUGAACUCUUUCACUGAUCUGCUUUUAUAGAAAUGGAGCGGCCUUCUAGGAAUAAGAAAGCCAUCAGUUACUCAGACUUCUUGGAUGAUGAUGAUGAUGAGGAUUUUGCCACAGCGAAAGCCCCUCCGAAUAAAAAAGCUCGAGCUUCUGUUAAGGAAUGUCAGCAAGACAAAACCCAGAAAAAUGAAAUCAUUGAUUUAACAGCUAAAGCACACAAAGAGAGACUGUCUCUGGAUGAAAAACUGUAUAAGCGAGAUUUAGAAACUGCUCUCAUUUUGUCUCAGCUCCAGUCGACAGAAACAUUCCAGGAACCAACUAGCAACGGUCUAGAUGAAAAGUCAGAGCCCUGUGAAGAUGUACCUCCUAUGCUGACACACUUCAGUGUAGAUAGCAGCUGCUUCGAAGAUAAACCCUCAAGCCACCCUUCGCCCCCUGUGCUGUCAGACUGUAGCGUGGACGUCACCUGCUUGGGAUUAGAUCAGAUCACCAGUGAGCCCUCAUCUGCCAUGUGCAUGAAGAGAAAGUCCCAAAAAGCAACAAAGCAACAGAGGUGUGUGUUAGAGGACGUGAAAGAAAAUGAAGAGGAUGAAGACUAUAGACUUCAGAACACACCUGAGAGUGACUCUGAGUUCAGUGACAUGGACGAGAGUGAGGAUGAAGAAUACACAGUGAAGAGAAAACGAGAGAAACUGAAAACAGCUAAGAGUGUGAAAAAGACAGCACCAAAAGCUGUUAAGAAAGAGAAGAAGCCGAUGAAACCGGAUAAAACCAAACCACAGUCCAAAGUCAAAAACACAGUACUCAGUAGUCCAGAGGUCCGGAGUCCAGCUGCUGCUCAGCCUCUAUGUGCACUGAACAGAACUCCCACAUCUCCUCCUGUGACUAAAUCUACUCUCCAUACCAGUCCUGCUGGGGGCAGAAUGCCAAAGUGGACUCCUCCUGGUCUGGUAGGAAGAAGCCCUAGCUCAUGUCAGAGUCCUCCUGUGAAGUCCCCUGGACUUGGUCUACGAUUAGGACUGUCCCGCCUGGCUCGAGUAAAACCCCUGCACCCCAACACUGUAGCGCAUUAGAAGCUUUUUGUUUAAAAAAAAUCAUUAUACUGAACAUAAUUGUAUCUGUCUAGCCAAUAUCUUUUUUUUUCUUAACUGUCUUCACUUUUUUUAAUUGAAAAACGUCCAAUCUACAUAUUUUGUGUUUUAUUUGUCUUUGGCGUGUAGUGAGAAUUAAAGGUGUAAAUUAAAUCCUUGUCAUGUUUCAAUUGAAAUCACUCCUGACUGCCAAUUUGUACGCUGCAAAAUUGUUAAAGAGGGUGAUGGGAAGUCCAGUACGUUUGAACCAUUCAAGUUAAAUGAGUCAAUUGCUCCAAACUAAAUCAAAGAUUCGAAACAUGGGUUUUGCACGGAAUUAGGAUGGUUCAAACAUGCGGCACAUUUUGUUACAUGUUGUGUCUCUUUCUUUUAUAAGUUAGAUUUCUGGUUGGUUAUAAAUACAUUGACUUACAUUAAUCUGCCUGUAGGGCGGCACGGUGGUGUAGUGGUUAGCGCUGUCACCUCACAGCAAGAAGGUCCGGGUUCGAGCCCCGUGGCCGGCGAGGGCCUUUCUGUGCGGAGUUUGCAUGUUCUCCCUGUGUCCGCGUGGGUUUCCUCCGGGUGCUCCGGUUUCCCCCACAGUCCAAAGACAUGCAGGUUAGGUUAACUGGUGACUCUAAAUUGACCGUAGGUGUGAAUGUGAGUGUGAAUGGUUGUCUGUGUCUAUUUGUCAGCCCUGUGAUGACCUGGCGGCUUGUCCAGGGUGUACCCCGCCUUUCGCCCGUAGUCAGCUGGGAUAGGCUCCAGCUUGCCUGCGACCUUGUAGAACAGGAUAAAGCGGCUAGAGAUAAUGAGAUGAGAUAAUCUGCCUGUUCAUACACAAUAGAAACAGUUUGAGGAAGAAUCAGAUACGGGUGUAGUCAGGUAUCCACAUACUUUUGACCAUAUAGCGUUGAAAUUAAAAGUUCCUGCACAUUAUUUUUCCUUCUUGCUUUAGAAAAAAAUUAACCUGUUAUUAUUUUAAAAAAAAAAGCUUUUGUUCAUCAAAUAAGUUGGAUGAUGCAUAGAAACAAAUUCCUGGCCAAUUUUUUCCACACAACUUAAACGAUACAGACAAUGAUCUGGCUUUAUUUCGCCACGUAACAUUUGAUCAACUGUCUGUAAAUAAGACACAUGUAUUGAUCAGGCAGAAUGCAUGUUUAUUAUAUACACGUUUUCACAGAUCAGAAAUAAAAAAAGCAUUGCUCUGCAUUAUUGUAAGUAAUGUAUUAUUGUGUGGAUAGAGGCAGUGGAGUGAUAUUUAUUGGAAGGCUCGGUUUUGAGGUGUUCAGAAAAGACUACACUGAAAACUGUUCAUAGUCGUAGCAACUUUACUGGGAGUUAACAAAAGUUAAUGAACUGGAGGCCAGAUUUGUAGUCAUUCAAUGUUAAUGUUGCUUAAAACUGAUUCAUAUUCACAAGCAGCGUUUUCAGUCUAGUUUUGUCUCACUAAAAUUCUGUUCUUGAAUUGUGUUUUUAUUAUAAAAUAAAACCACAAGUUCCACUUUAAUUCAGAAAAGCAUAUUGUAACAUAAAUUAUCACAAUAUCACCCAGCCCUAUGUGAUGGAGACUUUUAGAAAACAUGAAGGUCAGGAUUUAGUCAAAUAGCCAAAGGAUCUCUGCAACAGUACUCCAAUAAACUAUGGCUUCACCAGA